AUGAUCGAGUACCAUGACAUCAGCGGGUGCUACAUCUUGCGGCCAUGGUCUUUCUUUAUCUGGGAAGAAAUUUCUCGAUGGUUAGAUGCCGGGAUCAAAGAACUCGGAGUCGAAAACGCCUAUUUUCCAUGCUUUGUGAGCCAGGAGAUGCUGGAAGCGGAGCAAACGCACCUGGAGGGCUUCGCACCUGAGGUGGCCUGGGUCACAAAGUCUGGCACUUCGCAACUCCAAAAGCCGAUCGCGCUACGCCCCACGAGCGAGACGAUUAUGUAUCCCUACUUUGCCAAGUGGAUCCGUUCACACCGAGACUUGCCACUGAAGAUCAAUCAGUGGGCGAACAUCGUGCGCUGGGAGUUUCGCCAGCCCACACCCUUUCUUCGAAGUCGAGAGUUCCUUUGGCAGGAAGGGCACACGGCGCACCGCUCGGAGAGCGAGGCUCUGCAGAUGGUCGAGGCAGCCUUGGAGCUCUACGCGCGCGCGUAUUCAGAGCUCCUGGCCGUGCCAGUGAUCAAGGGCAUGAAGUCCGAAGAGGAGAAGUUUGCUGGCUCCGUUCACAGUCAGACCUUGGAAGUCUUCAUUCCGGAAACUGGGCGGGGAAUUCAGGCAGCAACUUCCCAUCUUCUGGGCCAGAGGUUUGCAGAGAUGUUCAACAUCCAGUUUGAAGAUGACUUGGGACAGAAACACUACGUGCACCAAACUUCCUGGGGCAUGACCACGCGCUGCCUGGGCAUCAGCAUCAUGGUCCAUGGUGAUGACAAGGGCCUAGUGUUGCCUCCAAGAGUCGCGCCGAUCCAGGUGAUUCUGAUUCCAAUUGCCUCUCGCAAAUCCGCAGACUCAGGUGAGGAGUGGCCCCACCGCCCCGGCCACCGGCAAUGGUUGAUGCGGAUUCUACCGGGGGUGGCCCUUGUGGGAUCCCGAACCGGUUUCUUCGGCGCCCGCGGUUGGAUUAAGGCAGCACGGUUGCGCGGCUUGUUGGUGCAGACGGUUGCCUUGUGUCCUGGAGAAGGUAUGUACCCCGAAAUCGCUGCAGGAGUGACCCCUUGGGCUUCCUAUGAAGAAAUUCGUGCGGCCUUUAAGAGGCGAGUGUUGGAAACACAUCCUGACAAAGGAGGAAGAGCCUGCGAGUUCCGGCAGGUCAUGCUAGCCUUUGAGAGAGCCUCUGUGGAAAAUACCUCAGAAGCUGAAGUCAAAAGGGGGCAGAAGGUGAAACGGUCCGGAUUUGAGGGACCUUCGACCAAAUGCGCCCGCAAAGCUGAGCCGAAGUCGCAUAGAAAAACCGCCGAGCCUUCGAAGAAGAGGUCGCAGGGAAAAUAUCGCGGAAGAAACGCCUUGAUCCAGCGCUUGCAUGCCUACUUGCGGCAACUACAAAGGGAUGAUCGCAAAAUCGCCAUCUCCCAAAAGUUAGCGGAGCGGCAUCGCGUGGCCCUGGAGGGUUGGAUCCAAACCCAGUUCUGUCCGACUGCCGGCACCGGUCGCUGCGGUGGCUCCAGGGUGGCCGCGGAGGAGACGUCGGAGGAAGCUGCACCGCUGGCACUGGAGGAUCUACCCAGGACACCAAAGGCGCCGAAGGUGAAAGCUGCUAAGGCCGCGCGGGCCCCGAGGCAACAGCCAUCCAAAGGGAUCAUUGCCAGAGCGGGGCGAGUGCGGUUGUACCAGGUCAUUGUGGUGGUCAACAACAUUGAACUGUUGGCGGGGGGAACCACCGAACUGGCGCGAGCAGUGGAUGUGCAUAUGGCCUUGACGAAAUUGAAACAGCGUGUUUUGAAGACACCCUCGCGAUGGGAACGCUUGGCAGAGGAACUUGAGUGCGCCAUGUCAGAACACGACCUGGUCCUCAAGGAGCAGCGGAUCUCUUUUCGCGUGCACUUUCCGGUGCACCACUGGACCGGCAGCGGCCUACGCUCCCCGACGUAUCCCAUUCGGGAGUUGAAGGAGGGCAUGUAUCUUUGGCGGAAGCUGCAGAUGUCUCGUUUGCAGUACAGCGGCCUUGGUGCGAAGAAGGGUGGUGUGUUUUUCCAGAACAGUCCGCUGGCGGUGGAAAAUGCCUGGAAUCAGAUCAGCGAGAUCUUCGUGGAGAUCUGGGUGAAAGCAGGAUGUGAUGAGGUCAAGACGCGGCGGCGCUUGGAAGCCAUGCGCCAGCGCCACGAGGCGCGCAGGAAGACGCAUCAGUUGGAGGAAUGGAACCGACAGCGCAUGGCCAAGGAGGAACAGCGGCAGAGGAUCUGCGACCGGCAGCGGCUGCGGAUGGAGGAGCGCGAACGUCGCUUUUUGGCCCGCGAAGACCGCAGGGCAGGGCAGGUGGCCCUGUACACGGCCAAAGUCUUUGGGAAGAUCGAGCGGUUGCUUCAAACCUGGGACCGGAUGGAUUCCUGA